AUAUAAAAAAAUGAAAAAAAGAUGAUCAUAAAUAGAUAUAUAGACUAUCUGUAGUGAAAAAAAGAUGGAUGAAAAAAGAAAUACGGUGUAAUUAUAUGGGCGGAGGAUGGAGAUUUUUUGAGUGUAUUGUGAAGAGUUGAACAAUAUGUAGACAUUUGACGCACUAAAACAAGACACUAACAGAAGUAUGAAUUGAUCUGAAUUGGUGAAGACAGUGUGAUUGUUGGGUGAUCGGUGUUGGAAGAUGGCGGAGUGCGCAGUGACGUUCCUCUUGGACAACUUGGUGGAGCUGAUGAAGCACCAAGUGAGUCUCAUCGACUUCGCGGAACGUGAGCUGAAGCUGUUGAAAAUGGAUCUGGAGUCGUUGAAUACCUUCCUCCGCUAUGCCGCCAAGAUGCCGGACAAGCCAGAAGGGUUCCGAGACAUAGAGAGACGGAUCCGAGAUGUGGUUUACAAGGCUGAAGACACCAUCGAGUUUUAUAUGACCGGCGCUGCAACUGUAAGUAACAAGAGUUCCCUCGGCCGACAUUUCAUUUCAAAGCGUAUCAGCCUGGCCGAAGAAGUCAAGUCCCUUAGAGAGAGAGAGGUUAUCGAGUUGGUCAGGAAAGCCCAAACCUUUGCCAACAUCUCCCAAGCACGCCAGGUGGAUUCGCCUCCCGAACCAGUCAAGGCCCCCCAAGUUAUUAGGCAAACGGAUGUGGUGGGUUGUGACGACGAGGCAAAAAAACUGAAAGAAUAUCUCUAUGCGGAAUGCGAGGAGCUUGAGGUGAUAACUAUUGUUGGAAUGCCUGGCCUUGGCAAGACGACGUUGGCAUGGAAGAUCUUCUGUGAUCCAGAAAUCCAGUACGAGUUCCCUACUCGCAUAUGGGUGUAUGUAUCACAAGAGUUCAAAGAAAAGGAUAUCUUUCUAGUCAUUCUCAAAGAGUUGACCAGAAUCACUGAUGAGAUCAUAACCAAAUCUGACAAGGAGUUAGCCGACAUGGUGCUCAGUUACCUGGACACCGGAAGGUUCCUCCUCGUCAUGGAUGAUGUGUGGAGUUGUGAGGAUUGGGACAAACUUCACAUUGCCUUGCCAAAGGGAAAUCCCAUGGGUAAAGUCAUGAUCACUAGUCGUCAGCAGAAACUUGGGUGGCAUGUGAACCGUCGUAGUGGCCCUUACAUGCUGCGUUUCCUUACGUUCGACGAGAGUAUUUUGCUUCUGCAGUUGGAAGUCUUCCAAGGGCGCAAGUUCCCUCCUGAGCUGGAAGCUGUAGGACGCCCCAUUGCAGAGCAAUGCCAAGGGCUUCCUCUUGCAAUUGUAGUCAUUGGAGGCAUCCUUGUCGAAAAAUUCUCAGGCGACACGUCCACCAAGAAAGCUACUUGGCGGGACGUCUCUAAAAGCUUCUACAUGUACCUCUGGGACGCGGGCAAACGCAUGGAGAAUACCAUACUUUUAAGCUAUGAGAAAUUGCCUUACCACUUGAGAGAGUGCUUUCUUUACUUCGGAAUGUUUCCAGAAGACUAUGAAAUCUCUGCAUGGAAAUUGACUCGUCUGUGGAUCGCGGAGGGACUAAUACAACAGAAGAAUGUUAAUCUCGAAGAAACUGCAGAGAACUAUCUGGAGGAGCUCAUCAACAGGAACUUAGUCAUAGCAGCCAAGUUGAAGUUCAAUGGGAAAGUUAAGACAUGUCGGAUCCAUGACAUGCUUCGUUACUUCUGCUUAACCGAAGCUGGAAGUGAUCGAGAAGGUUUCCUGCAAGAAAUCAAGAGGUUUAAUCAUGGAGGCUUCCAACCUUCAGUUUCAUCAGAACUCAAGUUUCAUCGCCUCUGCAUCCACUCCAACGUGCUGGACUUUGUUUCCAGGAAGCCCUAUGGCCCAAGUGUUCGUUCAUUUGUUAGUUUCUCGAGGGAUGAAUCAAUCAUGCCUCUGGGGGACAUCUCAAACAUCCCUGGAGGCUUCCAGCUUCUUCGAGUUCUAGACGUUGAGCCAUACAAGUUCAUGAAACUCCCAGGCGACAUGUACCACUUGCUUCACCUGAGGUACCUCGUCUUAUCGGUGAGUCUAAAGGUCCUCCCACCAACAUUUACAAAGCUAUGGAACAUCCAAACUCUGGUCGUCCGGACGGAUUCCCAAACACUUGAAAUAAAAGCGGACAUUCUCAACAUGACGCAGCUACGCCAUUUCAAAACCAACGCCUCGGCCACUUUGGCCAAGGCGGGUAAAACCAGCAAGGGCGCGGGUGAGAAGAUCCAAACACUCGGGACCAUCUCACCCGAGUCCUGCACUGAGGAUGUCUUCGACAGGGCACGCAAUUUGAAGCGCUUGGGCAUUCGCGGGAAGCUCUCUCUGCUCCUGGACGACAAGAGUGGCUCGUUCGAGAGCCUGGGCAACCUCGAGAAGCUGAAGCUGCGAAACGACGGUCCAUCGGGGAUGCAGCUGAGGGGACUCCCGCAGGCGCACAAGUUCCCGCCAAAACUGAGGAUGCUGACGUUGUCGGCGACAGCCUUGGAAUGGAGGCACAUGUCGAUCAUAGGGUCGCUUGAUAAGCUGGAGGUGCUGAAGCUUAAGGAUGAGGCGUUCCAAGGCGAGAUUUGGGAGGCGAAAGAUGGGGGGUUUCGGCAUCUUGAAUUCUUGCACAUUGGCCGCACGGAUUUGAAGAUUUGGUUGGCUUCGCGCCAUCAUUUUCCGAGGCUCAAGCACGUUGAGCUCAAAAACUGUAAGCAUCUUCAGCAGAUUCCGGUUGAGCUCGCCGAGGUGCCCAGUUUCGUGAAGCUCGACUUGUUUUGGUCGGAACAGGCAGUGGCGUCGGGGAGGAAGAUAGAAUCCAAGACAAAGGAGAUCAACGCCAAUGUUGCAAGGCAAUUUAGGCUUUCCAUUUUUCCUCAGAAAUCUGCGGUUCUGUAUCACUACCCCUGCCCCGACGGCGCCUUCAGUGCAUUGGCGGCCUACCUAUACUUCUCUCAUGCUCCGGCCUCCACUCCUCCUCACUUCUUUCCCAACACCGUCUACUCUCCUAUCAGAGCUGAGGACUUGCCCUUGAAUGAAAUUGGUACUGUUUACCUGCUGGACUUUGUGGGGCCGGCAGGUUUCGUCGAGCAGCUCUCCCGUGAAGUUGGAAGGGUUGUAGUCCUGGAUCAUCAUAAGACUGCACUCGAGUUGUUGGGUUCGGGGACAUCAACUAAUGGGAAUGUGACUAAAGUGAUAGACAUGGACAGGAGUGGAGCUACUAUAGCUUAUGAUUAUUUUCUGGAGAAACUCUUGUGUGGGGACAUCAAUAGUGAUAUCAAUGAUGCCAUUGCUGAAUUCCGGAGAGUGAGGAGACUAGUUGAAUAUAUUGAGGAUGCUGAUUUGUGGAGGUGGCGCCUUCCAAAUAGUAAAGCAUUUAGUAGUGGAUUGAAGGAUUUGAAUCUUGAAUUUGAUGUCACAUUAAAUCCCUCCCUGUUCCAACAGCUUCUCUCCUUGGAACUUGACGCAGUAAUAAGUCGAGGUAUGUCAAUCUUGGCAGACAAACAGAAAAAGAUAGAUGAGGUUCUCGAGCUUUCUUAUGAAAUAACUCUCGGUGGUGGUGCUUUUGGAAAUUGCCUGGCUGUCAAUGCGGAUCCCAUCCAGGAACUAAGGAGUGAGCUUGGAAAUCAAUUAGCUCUUAAAAGCCUCAAAAUGAACUUGAGGGGAAUUGGAGCUGUUGUAUACAGAGUUCCUGAACUGGAGAAUGACUCAUGGUUGAAAAUUAGCCUGAGUAGUGUUGGUGAAGAGGACACCACACCCAUAUCACAUAAAUAUGGAGGUGGUGGACAUCGGAAUGCCAGUUCGUUCAUGUUUGAUAGUGCCAGAUUUCAAAGAUGGAAGGUCUCCGGUAACAACUCUAUCUAGGAUGUCCCUCUCAGAUAGGCCGAAAAUGGCACCAUUACAAUCAGGCGAAGCUUUCUCCCCCGAGCGAAAAGGAAUCCUGUCGGGUGUUAACUUAUUAGAUACUAAUUUCAUAUUUGUUUGACUGUACCAUCAUGAAGUUUAACUUAUGACAGAAACAUCAGUUUUUUUCAUCAAAGAUGAAUGUCAACUAGGCUCAACAAUCUAUCUAGUAAUGUCAUUUCAAAUAUGCUUUCUGUUCA